AUGGUAUCCAAGGCUGCUAUUACACUGGCCGUCGUGCUGUCGGCUUUUUCAGCAACAGCGGCCAGUAUCGACAGGAGAAUCGUCGGCGGCGAAGACGCCAAGGAUGGCGAUUUCCCAUUCGUUGUUAGUAUCACCCUGACGAAUAGAAUUUGCGGAGGCGCUUUGUUAGAUAGCACUACGGUGCUUACCGCUGCCAGUUGUCUUCGGGGAAGCGUCUCUGUGAGAGCGGGAUCGCUGCAACACAGGGCUGGCGGAACAGAGGCCAAAAUUGCCUCUCGAAAGCCACACCCCGAUUAUAAACUAAAUAAGCGGAACCCUGCUCUUCCCUUCGCUGAUAACGAUAUUGGCAUCAUCAAACUGUCACGUCCCAUUGAGAUAGGCAACAAUAUUAGCUAUGCAACGCUAGCGGAAGACGGUUCAGAUCCUGUGGUCGGCUCCAUGGCCACCGUUGCAGGCUGGGGUCAGCAAGAACCCAUGUUCGCCCUCUUGGCCGAGGCAGCAGAGUUCAUGGCCAAUGUUUCUAUUCCUAUCCAUGCACGCGAAGUCUGUGCGAAGAUGGAUGCAGACGUAGGUGACAGAGAUACAGUCAUUUGCGCUGGUGGAAAGGGCAAGAAUGGAUGCCUAUAUGACGGUGGCAGUCCUCUUAUCGACGAGGAAACGAAACAGGUAAUCGGUGUCACGUCAUGGGGCAUACGGGAUAAGAAUGGCGACUUUUGUGGUCAGGCUCCCACGUUGUUUACCAGAGUCGGCCGCUACAUCUCUUUCAUUCACGAAAACAUGGGGGGCUCCCCUGUUGAUGCUAAGUUCUGA